UGCCGGUUCCCUUCCCAGGUAUUGAGCGAUCGGGAGCCCGGACGGCUGGCUUCUCUUGGGUUAGGUGUGGCGGGGCUUCAGACCGCUGAGUGUUGUGUUUGGAGCCCUGGGGUGGACGCGGCGGCAGAGCUCAGCCCUGGAACUCGUGCAGUCACGAGAAGGAAGCGCGUAGCUCUGCGCCUACGUAGAGUAUAUUUCAUUAACCAAACUUGAAAUCCAAUAACUCCCCCCAUUAUUAUUAAUUCCUCGCUAGGGAGCUGCUCCAAGGUUCAGUCCCGUUUGGUGGCAGCGAGAAUGAUUUUUUUGCUAGAGCAGGGUGAUAGGGCCCAAACGCAGUUUCCAGAGAUAGAAACUUUCUGUGCAUAAAAAAUUUUGCCUGGGUGCCCUUCUUACGUAUUGGGAAUACAACUCUUAGACUUUCUGAAAGUUGCAUUGCCUUAACACAUCUGGGGAUAGCAAGCUGGAGAAGGCAGGAUUUCUGCUAGAGCUUCUCUUGCCUGACAUCCUGAUUUGUGAUGCAGACUAUAUUUUGAAGGUUCUAGGGCCAUAAAGGUCCCAGCGUGGGACACAAGACAGGAUGGCUGAAGCUGUCCAUUAUAUCCAUUUGCAGAACUUCAGCAAGUCCCUUCUGGAGACGUUGAAUGGGCAACGCCUAGGUGGCCAUUUCUGUGACGUGACGGUGCACAUUCAGGAAGCCACCCUGAGGGCUCACCGGUGUGUGCUGGCUGCUGGCAGCCCCUUUUUCCAUGAUAAGCUGUUGUUGGGCUACUCAGAGAUUGAGGUGCCCCCUGUGGUCCCCAGCCAGGUGGUGCGCCAGCUGGUAGAGUUUAUGUACAGUGGAUCUCUGGUUGUAGCCCAGUCUGAAGCUCUGCAGAUCCUCACUGCUGCCUCCAUCUUGCAAAUCAAGACUGUCAUUGAUGAAUGCACCCAGAUCAUCUCUCAGAGUCGCAGCCCCAAACCCCCCACUGCCCCUCCAGCAGUGCCCCUCUCCCUUCCCAGAGUUCUGCCCACCAAGCCCCAGGAGCAGCAAUCCAAAGAGGUCAUUGGCAGCCUCUCACGGCCAGGUGACCUGGAGGCAGCCCACCUGGAACCCCCCAAGCUGCUCUGCGCCUCGGAAGUGCGUUACAAGCUGCGAGACCUGCUAUCUUCCCAGCACAGAGAAGCUCGGACAGCUGCCUGUGAGGGGACCAUAAGUGAUGGAGACACAGGAGGUUCCUACCUGCACUCUACUGAGUCCGCCCCCAGCUGCCACAGCCGCAAACAGCGCCAGCCAGUGAGGCUUCAGCUGUCUGAGACAAUGCCAGUCAUCAUCAAAGAUGAAGAGGAGGGCAGUGGGGAAGGCCCAGAGGGGUCAGAGGCAGAAAGAGAGGCCAAGCUGAGCUGCUUUGUGGAAUGCAGUGGGAGUGGCCCCUUUGCCGCUGGCUUCAACGACCAGGCAAAGGAUUCUGGGGGUAGCAGUGGGGCUGACAGGAAAGAGGGCCUCCACUUGGAUUAUGCUGCCCCAGAAGGUCAGGAUUUCUUUGGGAACCAGGACGUCUUUUCGGAGUCCUUCAUCCCAUCCUGGCAGGGAGAAGAAAGUGGAGAAGAGGCUGCGGUUUCCACCUCUCGAGACAGAGAGAAAUUCCAUCCUGAUUGUAACGUGGAGUCUUCCAAUCUGCGGAACUUAACAGGAGAAUUCAAGCAAGACUUAGGCGCCUCCUCUGGGUUCCCACCCCGGAGCAGCAGUGGCGGGACCGACGGCUUGACCUUUGUCUCCUCCCUGGGCAUCCAGCGGGAGCUCAAGGCAGAAGUCAGCAAUACCAGCACAGUCACCAGCAACACUAGCAUCUUCCAAUUCCAUCUGCCGCAGCCUGGUGGUGUAGCCCAGACCUUCUACAGCAUUCAGCAGCAGCAGCAGCAGCAGCAGGAGACAGGUGCCAGCAACAUGGUGCAACUCAGCCCCAGCACAAUGGUCACCAGCGCCCUUCAUGGUGGGGAGCAGCAGAACCAACAACCUGGGACCUCCCGCUGCUUGGAGCCUUCCUAUCAAUGCAGCCACUGCCAGAAAACGUUCAGUUCUCGGAAGAACUACACCAAGCAUAUGUUCAUCCAUUCUGGUGAGAAGCCCCAUCAGUGCAGCAUCUGCUGGCGCUCCUUCUCACUGCGGGACUAUCUGCUCAAGCACAUGGUGACCCACACCGGCGUGCGUGCCUUCCAGUGCUCCAUCUGCUGCAAGCGCUUCACCCAGAAGAGCUCCCUCAACGUGCACAUGCGCACCCACCGCCCCGAACGCUUCCAGUGCUGCAUCUGCAACAAGUAUUUCUCUCACCGCACCCUGCUGGAGCGCCACAUGACCACCCACACUGCCUGGAAGGGUGGGCCGUCGGAGGCCCCUGGGGCCCUCGUAGCCUCCUCCUCCCCAGCUGACUGGAAGGAGAAACCAAACGUUGCCACCGCUGCUGCUCCUGCUGUGGAGGCGAGCAUCGUACCUGCUCCAGUGGCCUGGAAAGCAGGGGAGCCAUCUGCUGAGAGCACCAUCAGCGGUUGGAAGACAGGAGAGCCGAGCCCCGCAGAAAGUCGUCUGGUAGCCUGGAAGGGAGACGCUGCUGGGGAAAACUCAGUUACGGCCUGGAAAGGGGAUCCUACUUCGGAGACAUCCAUGCAGCCUCAUACAAUCUAGAACAUCUGGGGCUUUUUUGCUGCUUGAUCCAUCCCUUGUGGCUUGUGGAGAUCGGGUGGCAUCACGGCUUACCUUGAGUCAUUUAAUCUGGAAGAAUAUCUGCUGUAGUAUCUUGCAAACUGGAAAGCUGCCUUACUAAAAGGCAAAGUCUUUGGGGCUACCACUGUAGAUUCUUCCAGGGAGGAAUAGAAAUUGCUGCUGUGGGCAGACCGUGCAGUCUGUUGUCGGUGGACACAAAUGGAGAUUGUGUCCUCUGCCUUCUCUAGUAGCGCAAUGGUACAGCACAUGCUUUGCAUGCCGGGAGUCAUAAAUUGGAUCCCUGGCCUUAUCAGUUAAAAAUAAUAAGGCAGAAGGACUGGGAAUGCCCCUUGACUGGAAUCCAAAACACCAUUUGCCAGGAAGAAUGGAUCAUAUUAAUCUUGUUGGACCAAUAGGCUGACCUAGGCUAAGGCAAUUUAAUAGCCCAAUGUGCUGGAGUGGGAUGUGAUUUCCCAGAAACAUCUGACUACACAUGGGAUGCUAGAUGAACCCUUGGCCUGUUCCAAUGGGGCAGCUCCUACAGAAGACUGACAACAAAUAAGAAGCACAAUAUUCUCUGUUGCUUUGUAUAUAGUAAAGUGGGGAACAUACUCGGAUAUGUUUGCAGCUAAUGGUAUUACUGGCUUGCAUUUUCAAGCCAGCUUGGUUCUGUUUUGGUAAAAAAGCUAUCAACACCUUUCCGCUCUUUUUUUUUUUUCUGUCUAGGAAUCA